AUGAAGAUAUACAUUAUUGCAUAUAUUUUGCCAGCAAUAUUUGCUGCUUCUGUGGUAAAAAAUGGUGUAAAAGAAAGUGUUAUUGGAUUUUCUAUCAAGGAUUUCUAUGUAAAUGGAGUUAACAAAGAAAAUACAUCUAACAUUAAUCAAGAAGAAGAAAUGUUGAUAGCAAAUAUAAAAAAUAAUAUGAUGGCAAAUAACGAAAGUUUAUUUCCAGAAGAUUUAAUUUCACAUGCUGCAUUAACAGGAGACGGUUGUCCAAUUGGUUAUGCCAAAAUAAAUGGGAAAUGUGCUGAAAUUGAUUAU